GGCCUUUAGAUUGUCAAUCCAGUCUUUACUUGUCUCUAGUUUCUGGGGACGGGCAAGCAUAUUCGCGAAUUUCUAACUUUUUCUGCAAAGUUUGGCCGCUGUCGCUUUCUCCUAUCUACCACCAACGCAAUGGACGAGAGGGUGAACGAGGAAAUCGAGGCGCUGACCGCCAUCCUGAUGGACGAGGUAAAGGUGUCGCAGUCAGAAGAGUCGAUAACCGUGGAGACCGUGUUGUUUCCAUCGACGGCCGCCGACGAGGAGCAGCAGUACGUGACGGUCACGCUGGCCGUUGACCUGCCCGCCGGCUACCCUGACCAGAGUCCAAUCGUGCGCCUGAAGAAACCGCGCGGCCUCGAUGACGACCUGCUCUCUAAAAUACUGACUGAGGCCAAGGCCAAGUGUCAUGACUACUUGGGCCAGCCCGUCAUCUAUGAACUGAUCGAGUUGGUGAGGGAGCACCUGACGUGCAGCAAUACUCCAAGCUGCCAUUGCGCUAUCUGCUUGUACGGCUUCCGGGACGAGGACGAGUUCACAAAGACACCGUGCUUCCACCACUUCCACGCGCACUGUCUCGCCUCGUACGUUCGCAGCUACCAGGAGACGCAGAAGCAAGAGAAGGAGAAGGUGCCACUGUGGCAGCGCCUCCAGCACAAGGACUCCGAGGAUCACGACUGCGUGGUUCCAUGUCCCGUAUGCCGCGAGUCACUGAGCUGCCAGCUGGACAGAUUGGCGUCGGCCGCCCCGCCAAAGGACGUGCAGGACGCGCUCAACUUUCAACUGACUGACGAGCUGAAGGAGCUGCAGACCAAAAUGGCUUCUCUCUUUCUUUACCAGCAGCAGAAGGGCGGCAUCAUUGACCCUGAGGCUGACGACAGCAAACUUUUGCUGGUCACUCAAACGACGUCCAAUGAAGAGCAGGAGGUGGUGCCACCGCCGGUACCAGCACCAGCAACGCAGCCGCCAGCAUCAGGGUUCAAGCCACAGGCACCCGGCAGCCGCAGCUGGAAGCGAGGCGGCGGGGGUGGACAUCACAAGGCGGGAGGAUCGAGCCGGGGGCAGAGGGGUGGACGCGGCAGGGAGCGCAGGAAUCAACAGAAUUCUCCACUUGAGACAGCAAGAUGACAUCCGGAGCAAGCAACUCGCUUAUUAGUCGCUCCGGCAGCCUGACUCACCCUUGUAGGCACUUUUAUCUCUCUUUCUCAGUCAGUCUCUUCUUGUCCUGUUUGCACAAAGAUUUUUUUGUGUUGAACUGCUGCCAAUGGCACACCAUAUUCGCCCCCCGCAUCAAGCAUUGUCAGUGUGGAGCGAUUUGGUAAUUUUGUCAUUAUUUGUCAUCUGGAAGGAGUCAAGAAGAAAUUUCAAAACUUUAUUAUACAAUUAUAAAUUAUAUUUGAAUCGGAUCUAGUGAUUGCAAAUUUUCCCUUCAGAAACUAAAAGAGCACUCUUGAUGGUUGCUGCGUUCUUGGUUCUUUCUGCCAUAUUAUUUUUAUUUAAACAAAUCGUGUACUUAAAUUUUUGUUUUCCCUAAUUUUGUACAAGACGUCGUCAUAGUCGGUGCUUAUUCAGUCAAAUUUGAAGAUAACUUUGAGCACAUAGCAGACUCUGCCGAUUUUCCCCUAAUGUUUAAUGGUGUGCCCAGUUUAACUCAUGAGUUAAAUAAUGAUAUUUUGAAUCAAUUUUUUGUGAUUCUGUGAUAUUGAUUUUUCCAUUUUGAAAUGUUUACUUUAUAAUAUCACCAUUUCCACAUUAAGAUUAAUAUAAAUGUAUUGGAAGGUUUAAUAAAUAUGCAACUCUCUUGUUUCAA